UGACAGUUUGAACGUGAAUUAUAAAAGUCUUCGCUUCCCGUGCGUUGGUAUAAAAUAAAUAUUCUGGUGCAUGACUGAUUUCGCAUACUAAGUCAAGUAGCUUGACGAGUGAUGGACCCACUGGUAUCAACGAAAGGAGAACCUAUGAUCACCCCAAACGACGUCGAAAUGAUGGAAUUGCUGCCGGUUGAGACUCCGGUUACCUCUGUAAGCUCUCAAAUACAUAGAGCAGCGAAAGARGGCUCGAUCCAGGUGUUAAAAURGUGUUUAGAAUCGAAUCCUAAGUCCAAGAACAYCAUGGACGACAAAGAAAUGGCGCCACUCCACUAUGCCGCRCAAUGCAAUCGUAGUGAUGCCGUCAAAGKACUUAUCAAAGCCGGAGCUGAUGUGAAUAUUCGAGGAGAAGGGAAUGUUACUCCUUUGCAUAUUGCAGCAAGAUACAAUUCUGUCGAUGCCAUGGACGUGCUGUUAUCCAAUAAUGCRGACCUGUCAAUCAAAUGUCCAACUGGAUGCAGCCCAUUCCUUGUUGCUAUAAGGAUGAAAAACAUUAAYGUUGUAGAAUAUCUUCUCGACAAAUACCCCAAGCUAGUUAAUGACAGUGAUUCACAAGGAUUAACUGCACUGCAUUGGGCUGCGCUAAGAGGAAGCUUUGAAGUUUGUGAACUUCUUGUUAGCCGUGGUGCUGACCUUAGUAAACGCAGCAAAGAUGGAAGCACACCUUUYGUUUAUGCCGCAGAGAGCACAAAUAAGGAKAUACUGCCUAUGCUGCUCUAUAAUGCUGAAAAAAGAAAAUUUAACAUGAAUGACUUAAUAAAUGGACUUGAAAGAGAUACCACAACACCAUUGCUCUCCGCAAUACUUGCACACAACGUCAAUGCUGCACAGCUUCUCUUAGACAAAGGAGCAUCUGUUAACUGUAUUAGGAUUAACAGGAGCACGCCAUUACACAUGGCCGCCACCAAUGGUGAUGAUAAGAUUGUCAAGCUCCUUUUAAGCAAGGGUGCAAGGAUUGACAGUAAGGAUUCACAGGGAAAGACACCCCUUCACAAGGCUGCGGCAAUGGGUUGUCUCUCAGUCAUACGACUACUAGUGGAAAACAACUCCAACAUUGAAGAACUAGACAACGAUGGAAGAACUCCAUUAUUGAAUGCUGUAUCGACAGGUCAGAGCUUUGCCGUCAAGUUACUGGUCACCCUUGGAGCUGACAUCAAAGCAUGUGACAAUGACAUGCGAACUGGGCUCCAUCUCAGUGCUAUUGACCAGCAGUUCCUCAUUGCACAUAUGGUGAUGAAUUCUGACAAGAAGAUAUUACAAAGCAUGCCAGACUUUCAAGAGAGAAUUCCCCUUCACUACGCAGCUCUUGGUGAAGAUAUUAGGAUUCUUCAAACCCUAAUUGAAAAUGGCAGUAACUGUUGRUAUAAAGAUUUACACAGGGCAACUCCUUUACAUCUUGCUGCUGAAGAAGGGAUGGCAGAACAUGUGGAAUUGCUGGUUAAAGCUGCUCCUUCUGUUGUCAAUGAACYUGAUGUUAAUGGCUUCACUSCACUYCAUCUUGCUGCACUCAACAAGAGAUGGGAAACCUGUGACACCUUGCUGAAACUGGGUGCUCAGGUMGAUGCACUUGACUCCAACUUCCAGACUCCACUUUUCCAGGCAAGCAUUUCUGGAAAUGUUGAGCUGAUAGAACUUCUCCUAAAUCACCAUGCCAACCUGGACCAUACUGAUGCAAAUGGCAAUACUGCACUCGGUUUUAUGGAAUGGUUGAGAUGGUCAACCAUAAACGGAAAGAGCUUUUGGUACAUCCUUUGGCAAAUCGUCUUCGGCGCACAAAAUGGCAGAAAUUCGGAGCUUUAGUUUAUAUUAUAAACUUCUUGAUGCAUGCUGCAUUUGCUGGCCUCUUGACAUACUUCAUAAUAUUUGUGAAAGGGAAAAUGUUAACGGAGCAAAGGGCGAGGCAUAAAGAAAGGAGAGGCUGUGGGGCUAACGUCUCGAAACUGCAAGAAUCAGUCGCGACCAUUAUUCUUAUUAUUGUCAUCUUCCACUUGUUGAAGGAACUYUUCCAAAUGGUUAUGCAAAGACUUCGAUACUUCACCGACCUCACAAAUCUCUUCGAGAUCACUAUGUACACUUUUGCACUAAUAUUCAUCGUUCCUUAUGCAUUCAGAGGGACAAAUAUAUGCACYYACCGACGAACAACCAUUUGGAAUUUUGGAUUGACAGCGGUCUUUAUGGCAUAUUUUGACUUGAUCCUGUUGACUCGUACCUUGUCCUUCAUCGGCCUGUACGUGACGAUGUUUAUAGAAGUCUUCAAGACACUGUUGAAGGUCAUGACAAUGUGUGUUUUAUUUCUGCUCGCUUUUUCAGUCGUCUUCUUCAUCAUGUUCAGAGAGCAGGAAGCCUUUGACGAAUUUGGGGAAACUGUCGUCAAGACAAUGGUAAUGGCUGUCGGUGAGCUUGACUACCUGUCAAUGCUGGUGGACACCGAAGGAAAAAAUAGCACCGAGACCAAUUUACCUCUUGUACCAUAUCCAGAGCUAUCCUACAUUUUUGUGUUCGUUUUCGUCAUGGUCAUGCCUAUUGUUCUGAUGAAUCUAUUGGUUGGUCUUGCAGUUGGCGACAUCAGUGAAAUCCAGAACCAUGCUUAUCUGUCCAGGAUUGGGCGGCAUGUGGAGUUUCUUACCGAUAUUGAAAAAAGUUAUCCAACAUUUCUGACUCGUUGGCUGUAUUCACCAGUAGCGGUCGUAUACCCAAGACAGAUCAACAGUCUUAUUUGGAAUUUGUGGAUAUUUUUUGGAAAGUCGUUCGAGAAACUUGUACUCGAAGAGGAACAUGACACAAAAAUGUCGCCAGACGCGGAGGAAGAGAGGUAUCGUGGGAUAAAAGAUGAACUCAAAGAUGUGAAAGAUCGCUUGAAGAACCUCACACAGUUGAUGGAGUCGCAACACCACCAGAGACUGAGAUCAUCGAGAUCAUCUAGUCUGCCAGGUAUAGCUGAGGCUCGUAAGGUCAGCUCACCUGGCGAUGACAGUUCUGUUCUAUGAUAAUAAGCUUAAAUCAAAAUACAUUCCCGGCUUGGAUGCAAUCUCCUACCUGAUUCAAGCAAAUUGCUAUGAAAAAGCUAUCGUUUGGAUGGCCAGCUUACCUUUUACGGAAGUUUAUUUGAACGUUUUUCCUGUUGUAGGAUUAAAAAUAAGUUAACCUUCCAAAAAUUGUAGAGAACGAAGGAUGAAACAGCAGCCAUAUUUUUUUGCUUUGAAGCCCGGCCUUCAAGUAAUAAGGCCAGGAUGUAGUAAAACACAGGGAUUCCGCGCGCAAACGACAAACAUUGGAUUGCUUCCAAACCGGGCGGAAUAAUAAUCAAUCAUUACAAUGAAAAAAAGAUAUAUAUACAAAAGAACUAAAGUUCACUUCUAAACACGUAAAAUAUGUAUUCAAUACUCUGUGUAUCGAUAUAUAGGAAACAUUUUCCAAAAUUCCAAAAAUACAUGUAAAAAUGCGUGUAAUUAUAACUAUGCAGUGACGUUCAUGAAUAUUACUUAUAGAAUAUAUUAAGAAUCGCCCUGUAUAAGUGCAUAUUUUUUUCUAUUACAAGCACCGCAACGAUUUCAUGAGAUAUUGCCUCAUCAGUUACCACGAGUUACCAUGUUGCCAAUGAACUAAGGGUUGGUCCAGGAAGAGUGUACGGGGGUUGAGGACCCUAACCAGAARGGCAAUAUAUCUUUAUAUGUGCGUCCUUAUUAAGCAAAACUUAAGCKUCUCAUGUAACCCCCCUGGAAGAAGCCUUCCUUGAUCUACAGUCCUACUGUUACCAAUAUAACUACAACAUUUGUAUAUGAUACUUGACAUUACUUAAGUUAUUUCUACAAAAUAAACAGGAAUGUACAAAGAACAUGGUCUGUCUUCUCUCUUUUUGUAUGUCUUCUUAAAGUUGUCAUGUUUAAUGAUCCCAUGUGAUUCAUCGGCCUUUUAAGCGUCAUAAACAUGGGAACCAUUUAAGAUAACAAACUUCGUAAGUUGUUCCAG